AUGAUCGGUGCCACGAGGCGCUGGUUCCAGCGCAAUCGCAAAGGCCUUGCGAUAGGAGCCGGCGUGCUGGGAGCUGGGUACCUGGCCGGACAAUACCUGCUCUCCAAGAUUUCCGAGGCGCGCGAGCGCAUGAGCAGCGAUCGGAUUGCCAGAGAAAACCUGCGUCGCCGAUUCGAACAAAACCAGACCGAUUGUACCUAUACCGUCCUUGCCCUAUUACCGACUGCCACAGAGAAUGUUAUCGAGGCGCUUCCUGUCGAGGAGCUCACCAAAGAGCUGCAGCAGAAGCGGGCUGAGAGGCUGGCUCGUAUCAGCGCCGGGGAAGGCACGGGCUCAGACAUGAGCUCCGUCUCGCCUAGCUUACCCGAGGAUGACCGGAAGAGUUUUGCAAGCUUCCAGAGCGAAGGCUACGUGCAUGCUAGUCAAGUAGAGGCGGAGUUGGAUGGACAGCCACGGCCAAAGCGGAACAAGACGCAGCUGUGGAACGAGGUCAAGAUUACAUCGAUUACCCGGUCCUUCACCCUGAUCUACACCCUCUCGCUGCUCACCAUCUUCACCCGCAUCCAACUGAACCUCCUUGGCCGCCGCAACUACCUGUCCAGCGUCAUUUCCCUUGCCAAACCUCCCUCCGACUCGACUAUCAGCCUUGAAGACCACGAUGAUGAACUCACACAGACUCUGGGCGAUGACUUUGAAACCAACCGACGAUACCUCGCGUUCAGCUGGUGGCUACUUCACCGCGGAUGGAAGGAGCUGAUGGCUCGUGUCCAGCCCGCCGUGGAGGAGGUUUUCGGUCCUCUGAACCCGCGCGAAGAUAUUAGCCUGACCAAGCUGUCGGAGCUGACCCUUCAGAUCCGGAAGAAGGUGGAGGGUCACACGGAAGAGGAACGACGAUCUACUAAGUGGCUUUCUUGCCUGCUUCCCCCACCAGAGGAGGAAAAGACUGUAUUGCAGGAAUCCGGCGUGGAGGGCGUGGCCGACCCAUCUUCCUCGCAGACCGCAUCCAAGCUGCGCCAUCUCCUCGAUGAAACAGCCGACCUGAUCGACUCGCCAUCCUUCUCCUUCGUUCUGACCCUUCUCAACAACGAAGGCUUCUCUACCCUUGUCGACCAGAAGUGCGCCAACGAGGCCUUCAAGACAUCUGCUACUGUUCCCGAGACCGCCCCGCAAUCAUUCGACUCUAUCGCAACCGUCAUUCCGCCCUCCUCGGAGCGCAAGACAAAGCUCGCCAACCUCCUUGCUGUCAUGGCUCGCCAAGCCCACAUCAUUGGCAACGGUACCCACGCACCGAACGAGUAUCUCACUCCGAUGGAGCAGAACGUGCGCGAGCUAGAGGCUUUCUCGGCGGUGAUCUACAGCUCUAACUUCGACCUCGAGCUGCUCGGCGCUAACCGCAAAGACGUGGCUCCCGAGGCAGAGGAGCCGCCUGAGUUCGGGUCGGGAUCAUCGUCUUUCGGGGCUGUCAUGGUGGACAAGGAGCUUGAUACUGAAGUGACCGAGACUUCCCAAAGUGUCCCUGUCCUCGUCGACAAUGACGAGAAGGAAAUGAAAGAAGCAUCCACCCUCUUUGAAACUCCCACCCUAGUCCAGGAACAGACACAGGAGUCUAAGGAGAUUGCGGACUCCGCGUUUGAGCGCGCCUGGGGCAAGGCAACGGAAGAUGAGAAGCCGACAGAGACCCAGGCUGAGGACCAAUGA